AUCUUAUUGCCAAGGUCCGCCCCUCGGAACUUUGAUAGACUCAGUGUUUUUCAUAACUCCAAACACAGGAACAUACGUACAAUUAGAUUUGGUAAUCUCGGCACUAAUAAGAGUCUUAUCAAAGGAAACCGCUUAGCGCUUUCGUACCCACCUGCAUCGAGCUUCAUUCCUGCAACACCUCAUAAUAUAUUAUAGGCUAUAAUGUCUGGCACUGCGGAAGGCUCUGUCAAAACCGCAGUCUUACGUCCAGAACUUCCGCACUACUCCUGGCGCGAUCAAAGCCCUGCUCCUACCCGGAUUCGAUACAUCACAAAUCACCUGGAAGCAAAUUCCGAGUUGUCUCGGUUGGCCAUAGGACCUCUUGGUUUUGACCUAGAAUGGCGCCCCAACUACAGGAAGGGUGGGAGCGAGAACCCCGUAGCGCUCGUUCAGCUCGCUGGUUUCGACACCAUAUUACUCCUACAAAUAAGCGCCAUGUCAGAAUUCCCAUUGAAAUUGAAGGAAGUGCUUUGGGAUCCAUUGCGAGUAAAGGCUGGCGUUAGCAUCCAACGCGAUUGCCAAAAGUUGUAUCGGGAUUGGGGCGUUUCAACACGCAACUGCGUAGAGCUAGCUCUUCUUGCUCGUUCGGUCGAUAACGCCCGAUGGAAGGGAAAGUACACCAACCCACUUGGGCUAUCUCGCCUUCUUGAGACCUACGUGGGUUUCUCUUUGGCGAAGGGAAAGGUACAACGCAGCAAUUGGGAGCUCCGUCUUUCUUCGACGCAGCAAGACUAUGCAGCCAACGACGCGCGUGCUGGGUAUGCUAUCUAUACUCGAUUGAUCGCCUUGGCUCGAGAGAUGCCCAAUGCAGACACAUAUUACUAUUCCCUCAGUGUCGUGAAUGGCUUCGUGCUAGAUCACCUUGGGAUUUCUCAGUGGAUUCCCCACAACCCUUAUUACGAUCCAGGCCCACCGCCUCCGCCAAAAGAACCGAAGGAACUGAAAGAGAGAAAGAAAACACCCAGAGCACCAACAUCGAGUGCUGUCAGUCAAGCCACAGCCUCGUCCGGAUCCUCUUUCCAGGACGGUACCAGUAUGAGAAAUGACGGACAGGGUCCUCUGCUUGCCAGUGUCCCCGUUGCCCCUGCCGUGAACUCACGAGCAGGGACUUUCCAUCGAAUUCCUCGUAAUCGCCCUACUUCCACCCAACGGCCUCAGAAUCAUAAUUAUGACCCUGCACAAUAUUCUGUUACUAUGCGCAUCUAGUAGCAUGGACAUCAGGCAGGAGCACGACAUGAUUCACACCAAAAUGCCAGGAAAGGAACUACCCUUCCCAUCAUGGUCUUCGGAUUACAAUUUUUUGCGAACAUUGCAGAAUAGCACUGGCUGUUACUCAGUCUGGCUAGUGGGCGUGAGCCGCUGGUUCUUUUGGACCCACAUGUAAUGACUGCUAUCCUCGUGAAGUAUCUAGUUUCGGAUCUGCUUAACCUUAUCAUAACCGCUUGAAAGGUCAUGCGCCAAUUGGUUACACAACAUUUAUCUACUUUCAUUACAAUUCAAUGUCACAGUCGUGUAAUUAAACUGGUGUACAUUGUCAUUUUAAGCCAACUCCUGGGACUUACUUCUGGCACGCUAGAUUACAUAUAUUGCGUUUCAAAUUCUCAAAUGUUUCUUUUAUGAA